GCGUUUUCUGUGAUGGGCAGAACCCAGACCAGAGCGAAGGCAACUCAGGAUGCCUUAUGCGAAGGAAGAUCCCUGUGUGGCCCUACCAGUUAAACAGCGGGAUGGGCUGAAGAUAUCCUUGCCGAGGCAAGUCAGAGAAGGAGAGUAUAUCUCUUCUUAGUGGGGCAUGUCGAUAGAUAAAGGGGUCUUUAUUUGGAUCGAGUCUGACCUUAGUGAUGAUCAGGACUGCGUGAUUAUGAGGGCGACGCUGUACGCCUCACCAUCAUUCUGGGUCUUGCACGGGAUAGAGUUGGCACUUGGGCAUGAAAGCCUACUCGCGAAACCCUUGAGAGUGGUUGAGGCAGCCGCCGCAAAAUGGGCAAGAGGCAGGGUUCAGAAAAGGGGAGAGCAGGUGGUGAUCCAGGUAGAGGUCAAACACACGAAAGAGUUUGCACUUCCCUCAGCCUCAUUACAAGUUACCCUGCCAAAGGUCUUAGUAGAAGAAAGGUUUGGGGGACAAGCAAGAGUGGAAGCCGCUGCAGAAGCCGCUGUGAAGGCACGCGAAUGGGAGUAUGCACGAUACACGUGCGAGCUGAUAUAUGGGUUGUACUUGGACCAGAAAUUUUUACCCUAUAGCCAAGAACUCAGGGACGUGGCCAAGGUGGUUGAUGCGUAUGUAAGCUCCCAUGAUCCCGAUGGGGAGGCUGUAGACUGGGAUGAGGCCGGUACCAGCAUCAUGGCUGAAAAGAGCAGUUUCGCCAAAAUCCUAUCCUGGAGGAGUACGUGCCUCAGUAAAGUGUUGUUGUGCGAGUCAGUGAGCGACUCGAUGCCCCCAGAGCUUCGCGCCCUACUGUUUCAGGGAAGAAAUCUGCCUGCCUUCCUACGCGGCUAUCAUGACUUCGGUCUCAUGAAGAGGUGGGACGAGAAAGCGAUGUGGAGCAUGUUGCCACUGUUUGUCUGCGAAGAGUUGAGUGAGGAAGUGUAUACCCUUACGCUAAAGUCGCAGACCUGGGAUGAGCUGGAAAGUUCUCUGAAGUUAAGAUUUUCAGAGGAUGGAGUGGAAAGCCAGCUUGGUGAAGGCCUUGAGCGUCCAGCUGGGAUUGCGUCAACACAAGAAGAGUUGAGCGGUAUACAGAGGCAUGUUGGGAUGUUAGAAGAAAGGUUGACGCGACUGGAAGAAGCCAGGCGUGGCAAGAGGAAGGCCCUUGAAGGAGCAUCGAGUGGGCCGGUUGGGCAGGGUGAGGCAGAGGCAAGGGAAGUUCAUCAGAAGUUACUCCUCCACAAGGGAACUUCGAAGGGACGAGUCCGCACCCUGGAAAGAGGCGAAGGCAAGGGGGUCGUUGAGGUAAAGGAGGAGCGGGAAUCUAAUAUGGCCUUGCCUGUCAUUGCACCUGAUCCGAAGAGAGGGUUCAUCAACGUGGAAACAUCCUCGGCUGCGGGUCGGGAGAGGCAAAGGAGUGAGUGGUGGCCAGAGCACUGGGCAAGGGUGGUAUGUGAUCGUUGGGGAAAGAUUGGCCGUACCCCUCAAGGAAGUCAAGAGAAGGGUGUGACGGGAGGAAAAGGGAAGCCUGAACCUCCCAAGUUGACAAAGGCUCAGCGGAAGGCGAGGAAUCGGGCCCAGGGAGGCCAAGGUAACGGAAAGGGGCAGGGCAUGCGACAGGGAGGGGCCACCCCGCAUGAAUUGAGAGGCAAGCCGGCACAGGCGGGACCUCCACUGACCGAGCAGGCAUUGUACGGGUCGUGGACACCAUACGGUAAAGUGGGCCCGAGGCCUAUAUAUAAUCCAUAUCUUUCCUGGAUGCAAGGCAUUUGUUUGGGCCCACAAAUAAGUAUGAUGCCGCCUAGGCCUCCCGCAGUCCAGAUUCGACCAACUCUGCCUAUGAGACUGUUGCAGCCACCGACACAGCGGGUGCCACAAGGCGACACGACCGGUGCAGAAAGCCAAGGGCGGGGAGCUGGAAGAGGCCGCGGGGAUGGAGGGCGCAACAAUAAAGGGCAAGGUAGAGACAGAGGAGGUACUGGAGGGCACGAUGGACACCAGCGAAACCACAAGGGGGAUGUGGGGAAGAAAAAGGCAUAACAAGCAGCAAAUGAACGAUAGUCGGGUAGGAAAGGCGGCCAAGGGAAGGCCAAAGGGAGAAUAGGGUGGCUGGAAGGUGUAAAAGGUGAUGGAAGGAGGUGGGGUUAGAGGGAAUAUAGUAGUGUGAGGGAAGGCAAGACUCUAACCCGUGAGCCGAGGAGCAAUCAGUCAAGGGAUAGUCCUGGACCGCUUUGGGUUGGGUUACUAUAAUAGAUUCAAUCUUGUAUAUGUGAACGUAGAAGUAGGAUAGCGCGAUUCUUGAUUGUGUGGUCCCACGCCUCGUAUUUUAGCCAACAAGGGAUUGACUGUAUACUAAAUAAGCGGGGAAGAGUGUAUACACUAAGGUGUUGUGAGUGUAUAUGGGACCCUAAAGAGACCUUAAGGUAGAUGGGGUAAGUGGCUCCCAGACUCUUAUGACCGCUUAGGGAUAAAAUGGCUAUAGCGCG